AUGAGAUUCGACGAAUCCCAAAUAGAUAACGACGAGAUUGAAAAACACACCAGGAGUCGUAGAAACACUAAAAUGGUUCUUCCAUCGAAGAAAAUUGAGUUGGACAAGUCUCUAAUAGUAGACGAAAAAAUAGAGCGGAAACGUAACCGGAGGAAAACAAAGAAGAAGUAUACGAAGAAAGUUGAAUUUGAAUUCAAAGAUGUUGUGGGAAAAAUCAAGAAAAAAAGCAGUAAAAUGCAAACUUAUAAAGCAGAAGUAAAGUGGUGGCAAAAGGCGAGCAUGUCAUACUCGAUGUAUCAGGUGCGUGAGACCAUGGAAAAGUUGAUGGGAUCAAAUACGGUAACAAUUUUGGACCGCGCCUACAUGUUGAGACUGAAAUGUCGGAUACUUGAAUACUUCGCGGAAAUAAUGCAAAAGCGUAUAAAGGAAAAGGAGGGCGGCGAGUAUCAAAGAGGAAAGCAUUUGGUUUUGACCGGAAAAAUUCCGUUCGAAGAAGCGCCGGAAGCGAUGGCCGAGCAUCCGGUUAUUAUACUGGAAAACUAUUGCAAUGAGUUGAUAGAAAAAAGAAGAGCUAUGUUGCAGCUAAGGAGGCCGAAAAUACCCAAUUAUCUGUACUGGGACGAUACGCCGGACCCACCGUUUAGAUUAUCCAUCGAAAUGGGUCAUAAAUUCAGGAGCAAGGAAGACAUUCUCUGCAAAUUAAUCGAUAUGUAUCUUCUUUCGACCGAAGAGGAAGACAUCGCGAACGGCAUCAUUUUCGAAGAACACGAAUAUAAACGUAUGAAGUACGUGGAUCUACUCGUGAGAAGACUAAUGGCGAAGAUGGAUGUGAUGGAAGUUUACGAUCUAGCUGACGAGAUCAUGAAGAAAGAUACACCGGAGGUCGUAGCUGCUGCUUUGAGGCAGGCUAGAAGAGAGGCCGGCUUCGUUAGCAAUUUGGAGCUAGCAAUGAAACUUGAAGACGAUGAGGAUGAUGAGGAUGAAGAAUAUGAAGAAGAGGAUGAAGGUGAAGAAGAUGAGGAAGGGGGGAGGCGAAAAAUGAGUAAGGACAGUAGGUAUAGCUCAGUCGAUGAAGAAAAGGCGGAAGAUAGUAAAUAAUAAAGUGUA